UGGACAUCAUGAAGGUCACCCAAGGACCUUGAGUGACGACUGGUAAUGGUUUACGAUGAUAAAAAGCGCUCAAUGUUACAAAUAAAAAGUGAUUGUGUCUUCUGUUCUAUUGCCUCUGGGAAAACUGAUCAACCGAUUCUUUCAGAGACUGACAAUGUAGUUAUAUUCAAUGAUCGUUCGCCUAAAGCUCGAUAUCAUUUUCAAUGUGUUCCUAAAAUGCAUAUAAGAGAUCCUAAAAAAUUAACGCAUAAAGAUAUACCAUUAGUUAGGGAAAUGGUAAACUGUGGACAACAGCUUGUCACUAGUCAACUUCAUUUAAAUCCUGAAGAUUUUCUAUUUGGAUUCCAUUGGCCACCAUUCAAUAGCGUGCAUCAUUUGCAUCUGCAUAUACUGGGGCCUAAACGUUUUAUGAAAUUUAAUCCAAUGUUCAGUAGUCGAUUUAAAAUAUUUAGAGAUGUUGAAAGGGUGUUGAAUGAAUUGGAGAGUAAACAUUCAGCUGAGUAAAGGGAUAAAAUUUAGUUUCACUAUCUUCCUUAGCUCUGUGUAUAUUCUCUUUUCAUAUACAAAUGUAUAUUUAUUAUAUACAUCAUAGAGCACAAAAUGUAGAAAUUAUUAUUUCACUUCUAAAACUUUUCUUUUUUCACGUAAUAAUUUAUUUUUACUUAUUGAUAUAAAUAUUUUUUUUAUAACUUAACACAUGUUGAAAUGUAUCCUGUGUAAUACUCAAAUAAAUGAUUUCCAAAUGAGUAUUUUUUUCUCAUUACUUCAAAAGAGAUAUAUUUGUAUAUCAAAUCAGAAUAGACUUCUUCUGUGCUGAACCGGUUGUUUGGAGUAUGGGAAAAUGAAUAUCCUGCCAUGGGUAAAACAAAAACUCUCUUCAGGCGACAACAUUUGAUCGCAAUUUAGCCUCGCAACCUUAUC